AAUACUACUAUAUAUAUUCCUCCAAGGAGCUAGCUUGGUAGAGAAAACAUAUUGCCUAGUCUUAAACAUUCCAAUCUCUCUUCCCCCCACAGCCAUUUUAGUAUUUUGUAUCUUAAAACUGUAUUAGAAAUAAUAUACCAGCAGAAGCAGAAGGAUCAACCAUGUCUCAGACAUCCACCAAAGACAGCAAAGAGGCAUUAGUUUUCGAUGCCUCGGUGCUGCAAAAUGAAACCAACAUACCGAAAGAGUUCAUAUGGCCGGACCAUGAAAAGCCUAAUUCAAAUCCUCCGCAGCUCAACGUGCCUCUCAUUGAUUUACAGGACUUCUUUUCUGGAGAUCCUACCGCUACCAACAGAGUGUCCGAGCUAGUUGGCCAGGCAUGCAGAGAGCACGGAUUCUUCCUUGUUGUCAAUCAUGGUGUUGACAACAACCUCAUAUCAGAUGCUCAUAAAUGUAUGGACUUGUUUUUUGACCUCCCUCUCUCGGAAAAGCACAAGGCUCAGAGAAAAUUAGGCGAACAUUGUGGCUAUGCCAGCAGCUUCACCGGCAGAUUCUCCUCUAAAUUACCCUGGAAAGAAACACUUACUUUUCAAUACUCUGCCAAGGAGGACUCAUCCACUAUAGUACAAGACUACAUCACAAAGACCAUGGGUGAAGAUUUCGCCAAACUUGGGAUGAUAUAUCAAAACUACAGCAACGCGAUGAGCAAACUAUCUCUUGGGAUCAUGGAGCUGUUAGGGAUCAGUCUCGGGGUAGGACGGAGCCAUUUCAAGGAAUUCUUCGAAGAAAAUGAAUCAAUAAUGAGGCUCAACUACUACCCGCCAUGCCAGAAACCAGAGCUCACUUUAGGGACCGGACCUCAUUGUGAUCCGACCUCACUCACCAUUCUUCACCAGGACAGUGUUGGAGGCCUGGAAGUGUUUGUGGACAACCAAUGGCAAUCCAUUCCCCCUAAUCUCAACGCUUUUGUUGUUAACCUUGGCGACACAUUCAUGGCUCUAUCAAAUGGAAGGUACAAAAGUUGCUUGCACAGAGCAGUGGUGAACAAGAUGGCUCCUCGUAAAUCACUGGCAUUUUUUCUGUGCCCUGAGAAGGAUAAAUUGGUGAGGCCACCUACGGAUUUGGUGGACACCAAGUACCCCAGAAUAUAUCCCGAUUUCACAUGGCCGACUCUGCUUGAGUUUACACAGAAGCAUUACAGAGCAGACAUGAAUACCCUUCAAGCUUUCUCUGCAUGGUUACCUACUAACUGAUCAUUCGGUUUCAUGUAUGUCAGGGGACUGGACCGCGUAUUUUCAGAUUAGUCGUGAUCGAGAGAUAGCUAUAUUGUUAUCAAAUUUUUGUAAAUUAAUUAUCUCGGAUUAUCUAGAAACAUAAUAAUUAUGAUAAUAGUUUCAUCUUCAAUUUA